AUGACUCUCCAGUGGUUCCAUUCCUUCAUACUUUACUUCGAGUCAACUCAACCCGAAUGGGAAGAAGAAGAUCGCUUCUUUCAGUUGAAGAGGAGGAAUGAAACUUUGCUUUAUGGCUUUCUUACAUUCUCACUGGUGUUAGAUCAAACCUUGUUUCGUGGUUGGUUCUACCAUGAAGUGCAGUUUCUUGUUGCAGCUUCUGGUGCAAUUUUUGGAUUAUUUACAAUCAGUGUCCUUGUAAAGAUUUCAUGUGGUUGGAGAAAGAUUCUUGAAGUGCUUCUUAUAUUAGGGCAGUUUGUGAUAGAGAAGGUUAUGGAAGCGGCUCAAGCUUCAACCACAUUAUCAGCUACACAAUUAGUGAUGGAACAACCUCAUCAGCUUGUGUCCCCAAAACCAGUGGUUGUUAGUAGUACCGCUAACCAUCCUUUGGCUAAUGAUCCGAGUUUACAAUCAACGAGGUCGCAUCGAGCUUGGGUUGCAGCCGGGUGCACCACUGUGAUUGUUUCAUUGGCAAAGUGCAUUAGUCAAGCAACCAUCAUGGAAGUUUGGUUCGAACCGAUCUUGGCCGGUUGGGUCGGCUAUAUGUUGGCCGAUCUAGGCUCUGGGGUUUACCAUUGGGCUAUUGAUAAUUAUGGAGAUGAGUCCACACCUGUCUUUGGUCCUCAAAUUGAUGCUUUUAAACGUCACCAUAAAUGGCCACUGACCAUAACAAGACAUCAAUUUGCCAACAUCUUGCAUGUAUCGGCUUGUGGGGUUACACUUACAGUGUUGCCUAUUGUACUUGUUUGCAAUGACCUAAAACUUCUUGGGUUUGUUGGAGUGUGUUCGGCUUGCAUUAUGUUUAGCUUGCAGAUUCAUGCCUGGGCCCACCGGACGAAGAGCCGGCUUCCGCGGCUUGUCGUGGCAUUACAAGAUGCCGGAGUGCUAGUAUCACAGUCGAAGCAUGCCGGACACCACCGGCCGCCGUAUAACAGUAAUUAUUGCAUUCUGAGUGGAGCCUGGAAUGAGUUUCUGGAUAAGCAUAAGGUGUUUGAAGUAUUGGAGAAAAUAGUGUAUUCCAAACUUGGGGUCAGACCACGGUUUUGGAGUGAACCCAGUUCUGAGUGGAUGGAGGAGAUAGAAAAAUCAUGGUUAAAUUAUCUCUUUUGA